UACGAAUGUAAGGAUUGUGGGAAAGCCUUUAGUUUUGGAUCAGGCCUUAUACGACAUCAGAUAAUUCAUAGUGGUGAAAAGCCUUAUGAGUGUAAGGAAUGUGGAAAGUCCUUUAGUUUUGAAUCAGCCCUUACUCGGCACCACAGAAUUCACACAGGUGAGAAACCUUAUGAAUGUAAGGAUUGUGGAAAAGCCUUUGGCAGUGGUUCAAACCUUACUCAACAUAGGAGGAUUCACACUGGUGAGAAACCUUAUGAAUGUAAAGCAUGCGGAAUGUCCUUUAGUAGUGGGUCAGCCCUUACUCGACAUCAGAGAAUUCAUACUGGUGAGAAACCAUAUAUAUGUAAUGAAUGUGGGAAGGCUUUUAGUUUUGGAUCAGCCCUUACUCGACAUCAAAGAAUUCAUACUGGUGAGAAGCCUUAUGUAUGUAAGGAAUGUGGGAAGGCUUUUAAUAGUGGCUCAGAUCUCACUCAACAUCAGAGAAUUCACACUGGUGAGAAACCUUAUGAAUGUGAAGAAUGUGAGAAAGCCUUUAGAAGUGGUUCAAAACUUAUUCAGCAUCAAAGAAUGCAUACUGGUGAGAAACCCUAUGAGUGUAAGGAAUGUGGGAAGGGCUUUAGUAGUGGUUCAGAUCUUACUCAACAUCAGAGAAUACAUACUGGUGAGAAACCCUAUGAAUGUAAAGAAUGUGGGAAGGCCUUUGGUAGUGGCUCAAAACUUAUUCAGCACCAACUGAUUCACACUGGUGAAAAACCCUAUGAAUGUAAAGAAUGUGGGAAGCCCUUUAGUAGUGUCUCAGCUCUUAAUCGGCACCAGAGAAUACACACUGGUGAGAAACCGUAUGAAUGUAAGGAAUGUAGGGAGACUUUUGGUACUGGCUCAAGCCUUACUCAACAUCAGAGAAUUCAUACUGGUGAGAACUAUGAAUGUAAGGAAUGUGGGAAGGCUUUUGGAAGGGGUUCAGAAAUUCGGCAACAUAAGAAAAGUCAUACCAAUGAGAAGCUCUGUGAGUUGGAAACUCUGUAAGUUGGAAUUACGUGGUUAAGAAAGGACAAAUGGCAUAUAACAAAAUACAUACUAGUGAGAAUACCUACAAAUGUCAUUAAGGUACAGAUGCCUUACUAAUGCUUUACCACUUAGCCUAAGGGAAUUCAUAUGGGGGGGAAAGCCCACUCUGAAUAAAAUAAAUAUUUGAGGUUCUUUAUAUUCACUCCAUUACUUUUGGAAAAUUCUUACUUGUAAAUAUUAAAAAUUGGAAAAACUU